AUGAUCGUGUCCAACGUGAGCUUCAGCGGCUGCACGAGGGCCAAUAGCGCGCUGUGUGCGGGUGCUGCAGACAGGCACCUGGAACACAACUCAUACCGCACCACUCUCAGCCCGACUGGGAACCUGAUAGUCGCUGUGUGUUUGGGCUUUAUUGGCACCUUCGGAUUCCUCAACAACCUCCUGGUUCUCGUCCUCUUCCGCCGCUACAAGGUGCUGCGCUCGCCUAUCAACCUGCUACUGAUUAACAUUUCCUUCAGUGAUCUGCUGGUGUGUGUGGUGGGAACUCCGUUCAGUUUCGCGGCAAGUACACAGGGAAGAUGGCUCAUAGGAGAAAGUGGGUGUGUAUGGUACGGCUUUGCAAAUUCACUAUUAGGUAAGUGUACUGUACAGUUGCUCCAUUGAUGUUCGGUUAUGUUUCAAAAUGUGUUUUUAAAAGAUGUAGGCUACUCUAGAUGUUGUGUGCGCUUUUGGAAUCUGGCCAGCACAAUGCGUAAAGAGGGGAUAGCCUAUGCUUGGUAGUUUUAUUUUAUAAAUUAAUUUGAAUAUCACAACAGCACGUCGAUAGGCUUCAUCCGGCAUACAGUGGUUUGCAGGUGGAGGUUGAUGAUGGCCCAGAACUUCCAUAUAUCACAACUUAAAAUAUUAUCUUAAACCGCAACAUCCCCUCUGAAGUCUAGUCACUCAUUUAUUUGUGAUAGCUAAAAAAAAUAAAAAAUAAAAAUAUCUUGACAUACACAUUUUUUAAAACAGGCUAGUAAAAAAUUAUCUCUGAUCAAUCGAUCAAUCUGAAAUAUGUUGUUCAUCAUUGUAACUAUAGGCUACAUAAAAAUAGCUCUGCCGUCCACUGGCGUCCAGAUGCAUUAAAUGACUCAUCUUAUUUGCAAACAGUGUUUAGACAUUUUGUUUAGUCUUUUAUGAGUAUUUAAAGCUUCCUUCCGACCGUGUUGUGAGUCAUAUACUGUCGGUUAUUUAGUCUGUGGUAAUAGUUUUCAGGGACUGUCAGGAAGGCUACCAUCAAAGUGACCAUGGAAUAUGUUGACUUCAAAGGAUCAUGAAAAGGCGUUUUAGGGCACCGGCAGGUCGCUGUCAUGUACUCUCACCAACCUCGCAUUUUUUGUUGGUUGACUGUGGCAAUAGUGCAAGACAUAUUGUAAAGUCGACGAUAGACUCACCAUAGGCCUCCUCGCCAAGAAUGAUAUAUACAAUUAUAUUGCUCAGAAGAUGCUUAGAGCUUCAGUCACAAUCAGCUGUGUGUGUUAUAACUGUCUAUUUAAGCAAUAAGGCCCGAGGGGGUGUGGUAUAUGGCCAAUAUACCAUGGCUAAGGGCUGUUCUUAAGCACGACACAAUGCAGAGUGCCUGGACACAACCCUUAGCCGUGGUAUAAUGGCCAUAUAUCACAAACCCCUGAGGUGCCUUAUUGCUAUUAUAAAGUGAUUACCAACGUAAUUAGAGCAGUACAAAUACAUGUUUUGUCAUACCUGUGGUACACGGUCUGAUAGACGGUCUGAUAUACCACGUCUGUCAGCCAAUCAGCAUUCAGGGCUUGAACCACCCCGUUUAUAAUUACUGAUAAACCAUGCUGUGUAAAAGGCUCGCUUCGCUGUCUACCGGAUAUUCAGGAUACCCUUGACUUAAUAUCAUGUGAUUUCAAGGGAGCUGAAUUGUGCAAUGUUAUCAGUUCUGUGAUGCUGUUUCACUCCCUCACAAACGUCUGGAGUUUCUCUUGAUUAUUUGAUUUAGAACUGUGCCAUGCUGGCUUAGUCUCAUGAGAUAAAUUGUCUGGUGAUGUAAAUACUCCAGACUGGCUUAUUCAAGAGAUAUCAGUCGACCUCUUUGUGUUUUUGUUUUUACUGUUGUUUUUGGUGUUGGGCACCCUCAUAAUCUCCCAAAGCCAACCCGUCUUGCUGCAUUGCAUAUUAAACUGUCCAAAGUGCAUUAGUCCAUCCAACCAGGCCUCAAUAGGCUGUACAGGAAGAAUCAUCUAUAUUCCUGCAAUCCGAUAUAAACACAAGUUUAAUUCAACUGGCUGUAUCUGGGCUGUUCAGGUUGUUCUGGACCAGAGCCAGUUCACUUUCUCUUUUUAUAACAUCUCAGGCUCUCUGCUAUCUUAAUACAACAGUAUUUAGCAGCUAUAGCGCCCGUUAAUAGUCUCCGUUAAAAACCCACUGGAAAACCAGUUUUAAUGUGUCCAGACCUGCAUUGAUAUCAAUUGGCACCAUUUAGAAAAUAAAUGUCAUGUUUCAAUCCAGUAUGGCACAUCCAAACCAGUUUUAGCUGCCCCAAUCACAGCCAAUACUAGUCCCUCUCGUGAUGACAUGAUAAAGGCUGGACUGUCAGCCCUUAAGACAUGCUGUCACAAAGAGAUACACUUGUUGGUUUUCCAUCUGUCCCUUUGUGAUGAAGAGAUGCAGGGCGGUGCAGAGACAUUCAGGGGGGCAAGUGCUCAAAUUCUCAAAAUUGCACAUUCAACUUUGUAUCAUGAAUCCAGUUUUUGCCAUCCGAUUUAGAUUGAAUGUUCCAUUAAAACGCUUUCCACACUGGUUUGCCUAAAAAUGCUUCCCAGGCAGUGGCAGUGAGCCAUGGUGAACAACAGAAUACAACCAUCACUUUGGCCUGUUAAAUAUACAGAUGUGUUUUUUUCAUGAAAAUUAUAUUGUGUGAUACUCCAGCAGGGUGUAAUUCAUUUGUUAGAGUCACUGUUGAAGUGAUUAUUUCUCAGUUUCAGUGUUAUGGACUCAGGCAGGUAGGAACUGUCAUAUAUCAUCAUUAUGCAUCAUACAUCAUCAUUAUGCGUCAUACAUCAUCAGUAUGCGUCAUACAUCAUCAGUAUGCGUCAUACAUCAUCAUUAUGCGUCAUAUAUCAUCAGUAUGCGUCAUACAUCAUCAUUAUGCGUCAUACAUCAUCAGUAUGUUUCAUACAUCAUGCUGAUAAGAGAGAAUCACUUUUGGGGACCAAAACAGAAAGUAUACACAUAGUAUACAAACAAUUUGUAUAAGUUUGGUAUCAGAAUAAACAUCUUGAUACGCGCGAUAGAGUGUGAAGCAAAAGUCUGCACUCGUCAGCACCCACACUGUUAGCUGUGUGACAGCAAACACUGACCAGGGAUAACCUCUCACUUCAGAGCCAAUUCAGAGUUCAGGUAAGCGUGCACAACUCGGACUUUCGUGUAACUUAACCUUGGUCUGCUCCUGCUGAAUUUAGAAGUUGGACUGUACUCUGUAUUCGGUCCUGAUAAGCCUAGUAUUUUCUACCAAGGUCAGUGAGAAUGCCUAACAGUAAAGGGAAGCACAAUCCCUCUAUCCUAACAUGAUACAACAGGAAUUGGCAAGUAAACAAAUGAAUUAGGGCCAGCAUACCUGUGGGACGCUUUCGCCACCUUGUAGUCCAUGCCCUGACACCUUGUAGUCCAUGCCCUGACACCUUGUAGUCCAUUUCCUGACACCUUGUAGUCCAUUUCCUGACACCUUGUAGUCCAUGCCCUGACACCUUGUAGUCCAUGCCCUGACAAAUUGAGGCUGUUCUGAGGGAAAAAGGGGGUGCAACUCAAUAAUAGGAAGGGGUUCCCAGUGUUUUGUACACUCAGUGUAUAUGAUGGGAGGUGGGAUUUUUACAGCAUCAGUAUUCCAAUACAGCCUUGCAGAUAUCAGACAGUCAUUUGUACUUUAACCUUUCGUUCAUACAAAUAAAAAUCCUACACAGUUUAUGUUAGGCUUUCAGAUCCUCCAUCUUGUCAGUGUCGAUUCUUUGACCUUUUGUGUCUAUAGCAAGACUUGAUAAUGGCUGUCUAGCAAUGAUCAGCAACCAACUUGACAGAGCUUGAAGAAUUGUAAAAAUAAUAAUGUGCAAAUAUUGUCCAAUCCAGGUGUGCAAAGCUCUUAGAGACUUACCCAGAAAGACUCACAGCUGUAAUCGCUGCCAAAGGUGAUGCUAACAUGUAUUGACUCAGCGGGUUGAAUACUUAUGUAAUCAAGAUAUAUUAGUGUUUCAUAUUUCAUAAAUUGUUUACAAAUGUUAGAGUUUUUCUUCCACUUUGACAUUACAGAGUACUUUGUGUAGACCAUUGUAAAAAAAAAAAAAAAGACAAUUAAAUCAAUUUCAAUCCCACCUUGUAACACAACAAAAUGUGGAAAAAAAAGUCAAGGGGUGUGAAUACUUUCUGAAGGCGCUGUACAUUUCAAUUCUAUACCUAGAGUCCAAACCUUUAACGAUGGGCCUCCAUUCAUUCUCUUGCUGAUGAUGUUUUUCUUAUGGUACAAAAGAUUCUGACUCUAGUUUAUGUAUUUUGUACAGAUUUUGUACAGCCUUACUCUUCAAAUAUGAACCCAUACAGACUAGGGUUGAGCUACAGAUAUAGGGUGUACUCCUGAGUGGCGCAGUGGUCUAAGGCACUGCAUCGCAGUGUGCCACUAGAGAUCCUGGUUCAAAUCCAGGCUCUGUCGCAGCCGGCUGCGACCGGGAGACUCAUGGGCGGCGCACAAUUGGCCCAGGGUAGGUGAGGGAAUGGCCGGCAGGGAUGUAGCUCAGUUGAUAGAGCAUGGCGUUUGCAACGCCAGGGUUGUGGGUUCAAUUCCCACGGUGGGCCAGUAUAAAAAAUAUAUAUAAUAAUAUGUAUUCACUAACUGUAAGUCGCUCUGGAUAAGAGCGUCUGCUAAAUGACUAAAAUGUGUAUGCAUGAAAACCUUUUGCAAAACAGUUGUGGUGAAAUGCGGUGAGCUCUCAAGUAUCUAUUUGAUAGGGAAACUUGUCCGAAACAUUGGACUGAUUAAACAUCUCCAGAUGUUUAGUUAUCGGCCAAAAUGGAAAUCAGAAAUGACGGCAGCCAAUUAUUUGGCAAAUGUAGGUAUAAUUUAAUCCUGUGUUUUUUUUCAUUCCAUCUUGUGUGGGACAAACCGUAUAAUACCAAAACAUUUACUUUAUUCACAUUUUUCUGUGAAAAACAAAACGCACAAUGCAUGAGGGACUAACCCAAGAUGGGGGAACUGCUCAAAUGAAUUUCAUCUUCAGAUCACAUUUAUUUUGAGGAUAUUACAUUAAGCUGGCCUCUCUGAUUACACCGGGGUCUUAGUUUUAAAAGACAAGACGUGAAGUCCAACGAGUUGGUGUCCCACUCCACAAGGCCCUACUUUGAAUAAUCAGUCCCAUGUCAAUUACAUGCUAGCGAGCUGGCCCAAUCUUGGGCAGAGGCAUCUGCUUGGCCAACUAACAUAACCUGUUUACAAAAAGUCCAAAUUAACCUUAAAUAAGAUUUGCGUUAUUCCCUGACGGCCAAGGACGGACGCCGGUUGGUUCCUCCACAUAAUGACGGGAAUAUUAGAUUUCAUAUUAGCUGUCACUCUGUGUGAGUCAUGGAUGAAAGGCUUUCAAUAUUUUAGAGUCAUUCGAUUUGAUUUGAGUAAUUUGUUGGCUGUAUGUAGCUCUCCAUCAGCGGAGCAUCAACUUUAUUAGAUGGUUUGUUGCUUGAUUAUAUGUUAGAUGUCACUGUUUUCUGGGGUCAGAGCAUGGAGAAGAUACUGGACACUUUAUUAUAUGGACUAUCUGGAUGUCUAUGUAUAGAAACCAUGAGAUACUGUAGUAUAUUGCUGUCAUUUUCUUUAUAUUGCAAUUGUAACUCAUAAAGCCACAAAUCUCACCAGCCCAGGUGGGUCAAGAGUAUCAUUGAAAACAUCACACGUUUUUACUGACAGCCUGAGCAAGCAAACCCACAUGAAUUUAGUAGCCGUGACCGUAUGAGGUAAACAUGGUGACUAGUAUGUCAGAGCUUUGCCUUCGGCUCAGAUAGUCAACAGCGAAUAUAUCACACAUGUACGCAGACAUGAAUGUAAUUUAUUAAUACUGUGAACCUGCUUGCGCGCACACACACACACACACACACACACGCACACACACUUAAACAACCUGCACUGACAGAGCCCAAGGACAAUAUCUCCCAUUGCCUUUAUAAGCUGAGGAGAACUAUACAGCAAAAAAGGUCUGGUUCACACUUUUAAAUUAGAGGACUGGUUGGGUCUGCUUCACUGCUAUUGGAAAUCAAUGGCCAUGAAGGACAUCCACAUGGAUCAUUUUCACUUCAAAGUAAAUGACAAACAAGAUAAAGAAGAUGAGGGGUCAGGUUUCGGGUUUGCAGGAAGUGUGUGCAUUGACAGGUUACAAAGGAUACAAUGCUCUAUGAAAGAUUUUGUGGCAUCAAUUAAUUGCUGAUAUAAUGGGCCCUCUUCCAUAACAUCUAAAAGCUUAAUUCUGCAUGCCCUUUGAUACUUUAUGUGAAGCAAUCACACUUACAUUUUCUAUAGUGUACAUUGGAAUCUCUCUUUGCAAAGUAAUAACAACCUAUAUGAAUGCAUUCCAGUACAUUUACAUUUACGUCAUUUAGCAGACGCUCUUAUCCAGAGCGACUUACAAAUUGGUGCAUUCACCUUAUAGCCAGUGGGUUAGGGUAAUUUUUUUUUUGGGGGGUGGGGGUGGGGUGGGGUAAGGGGGGGGUUAGAAUGAUUACUUUAUCCUAUCCCAGGUGUUCCUUAAAGAGGUGGGGUUUCAAAUGUCUCCGGAAGGUGGUGAGUGACUCCGCUGUCCUGGCGUCGUGAGGGAGCUUGUUCCACCAUUGGGGUGCCAGAGCAGCGAACAGUUUUGACUGGGCUGAGCGGGAACUGUGCUUCAGCAGAGGUAGGGGAGCCAGCAGGCCAGAGGUGGAUGAACGCAGUGCCCUCGUUUGGGUGUAGGGACUGAUCAGAGCCAGCAGGCCAGAGGUGGAUGAACGCAGUGCCCUCGUUUGGGUGUAGGGACUGAUCAGAGCCUGAAGGUACGGAGGUGGAUGAACGCAGUGCCCUCGUUUGGGUGUAGGGACUGAUCAGAGCCAGCAGGCCAGAGGUGGAUGAACGCAGUGCCCUCGUUUGGGUGUAGGGACUGAUCAGAGCCAGCAGGCCAGAGGUGGAUGAACGCAGUGCCCUCGUUUGGGUGUAGGGACUGAUCAGAGCCAGCAGGCCAGAGGUGGAUGAACGCAAUGCCCUCGUUUGGGUGUAGGGACUGAUCAGAGCCAGCAGGCCAGAGGUGGAUGAACGCAAUGCCCUCGUUUGGGUGUAGGGACUGAUCAGAGCCUGAAGGUACGGAGGUGCAGUUCCCCUCAGUAGGAUGCCAGCAUACACUCAAGCAUUUUAUAAUCUAUUAUAAACUGGGUGGUUCGAGCCCUGCAUGCUGAUUGGCUGACAGAAGUGGUAUAUCAGUCCAUAUACCACGGGUAUGACAAAAUAUUUAUUUUUACUGCUCUAAUUACAUGGUAACCAGUUUAUAACAGCAAUAAGGCACGAGGGGGUGUGGUAUAUGGCCAAUAUACCACGGCUAAGGGCUGUUCUUAUGCACGACGCAAUGCAGAGUGCCUGGACACAGCCCUUAGCCAUGGUAUAUUGGACAUAUAUCACAAACCCCUGAGGUGCCUUAUUGCUGUUAUAAACUGGUUACCAUGUAAUGAGCACUCCUACUGUUUAGUCUGCCUUUUGUUCGAACACCCCAAAGGUAAACGUUUGUUUGAAGUCAGGAGUGUUGUCUGUGUUGUUGUCUUGACCCCCCCCGUAUGAACUCCUGUAUUGGCCCUGUUCUACAUAGUCUGAGCGUAUGUCUGUGUUCUCGUUCCCAGGCAUCGUGUCCCUAAUCUCCCUGGCCGUGCUCUCCUACGAGCGUUACAGUACCAUGAUGGGCCCAACCGAGGCCGACUCCACCAACUACCGGAAGGUGGCCUUGGGCAUCGCUUUCUCCUGGGUCUACUCCUUGAUGUGGACCCUGCCGCCGCUCUUCGGCUGGAGCCGCUACGGACCCGAGGGGCCCGGCACCACCUGUUCCGUGGACUGGAUGGCCAAGAGCGUCAACAACGUCUCGUACAUCAUCUCGCUCUUUGUUUUCUGUUUCAUCAUUCCCUUCCUGGUCAUAGUGUAUUGCUAUGCUAAGCUGAUGCAUGCAAUCAAACAGGUGAGUAGGACAAUAGCACUUAUUAAUUAA